AUGGCUCCCAUCAAGAGCAAGGCCUUCAUCAAUGUUGACCUGGGCGAAGCCUACGGCAACUUUAAAUGUGGACCGGAUGAUGAGCUGUUCCCCCUAAUUGACCAGGCCAAUGUGGCGUGUGGAUUCCAAGACCCCGUGGUCAUGGCUCGGACCGUCCGAGCCUGCAAGGAACACAACAUCGCAACAGGCGCCCACCCCGGCCUACCAGACAUCCACGGAUUCGGCCGACGGGAGCUGGUCCUGACAGCGGAGGAGCACACGGCCAAUAUCGUAUACCAGGUCGGGGCACUGAAAGCCUUUUUGGAGCGGGAAGGCAUGGAGUUGCACCACGUGAAGCCCCACGGCAUGCUGUACGGCCUCUGCUGCAGAGACAUUGAGAUUGCACGAGCGGUGAUGGCUGGUAUCCCGCGCGGCGUUCCUGUCAUUGGAUUGCCAGGGACGCACAUGGAGACGGCGGCUCGUGAAGCGGGGUUGCCGUUCUGGGCGGAGUUUUUCGCGGAUGUGAGGUAUAACAACGAGGGGACUUUGGUUAUCGAGCGGAAGAGGCUGCCGUGGGUGAUGGAUGAUGUCAAAAAGCAUGUCACACAGCAGGUAGAGGAUGGUAGUGUGACGAGUGUGGAGGGGAAGGUUGUGUCAUUUGAUUUGAAGGACAACCCGGUGACGAUAUGCUGCCACUCCGAUAGUCCUGAUAGUGUGGGAAUCGUCAAGGCGACUCGAGAGGUAGUGGACCGGUUUAACUCCACGAUGGGAUAUUCGUAG